AUGUGUUAUUUGGAUAUACAGGAAGGCUUCAGUGGUGGCUCCUUAUGUGACGAUGGCAAAAUGCGUUUUGUUGUAGACCAAAUCGCAAUCCAAACAGGGCCUAAGAAUCAUUUCCAGAAAAACCUUUUCCUCGUUCGAGGGAGAGAAAAAAAACCCAAAUCUGAUUUUGGUGGGAAAAAAAGGAAAACCCUAAACCUAAAGUCAAAUCCUUCGGCUUCAGCUCUUCCCGCCAUUUUCUUCUUUGCUUCUCUCUCUCUUGUACCGUUGCUCCGUGGCCGGGAUUCUCGGAAUUUGUCUCCAACGAAGCAGGGCAAGAAAAAGCCCAAGCUUUUGAUGUCUGCGAGAUCGGAUCGGACAGGGCGGUCUUCUCACCUGAAACGGGGCUCCGCCGUGGAGAUAAGCUCCGACGAGCACGGGUUCCGCGGCUCGUGGUAUCCGGCGACUGUGGUCCGGCAGUUUUCCGACAAGAACCCAGCGAAGUACCAGGUCGAGUACACCACCCUGUUCUCCGACAAGGAAGGAAAGAAGCGACUGAGGGAGAUCGUGGAGUUGGGUCAGAUUCGUCCUCCGCCGCCGCGGGAGAAGGAGAGGGAUUUCGCGGUGGAGGAAGAAGUGGAUGCACAUUAUAAUGAUGGGUGGUGGGAAGGUCAUGUGACGGAGGUUCUGGGUGAUGGAGAAUUCAAUGUUUUCUUCAGGAGUUCGAGGGAACAGAUUCGGUUUCGGAAGGAUGAUAUUAGGUUGCAUAGGGAAUGGGUCGAUGGGGCUUGGAUGCCGCCAUUAGAGGAGGAUGAAGAAGUGGAAGAGGAAGAUGAUGAUGAAGACGAACAAGAAGAGAACAAUUUGAGCAAAAUAGAUCCAGAUAUCGUAAAAGCAAUCGUUAAGCAAGAGUUAUCCAGAGAUACUCUUGUUGAGGUUAGCAGCGAGGAAGAAGGUUUUGAGGGCUCGUGGUUCGUGGCUAGAGUUGUUGAACCCAUUGGAGAAGACAAAUACCUUGUCGAGUACCUGGAUUUGAGAGAAGAAAAUGGCGUACAGCUUCUGAAAGAAGAAGCCGAUAUUCUGCACAUACGGCCACCGCCACCACCUUCGAGCGACGGGGAUAAAGAUUUUGAACUCGGGGACAAGGUUGAUGCGUUUUACAAUGACGGGUGGUGGGAAGGCAUCAUCACAGAGAUUUUGAAGGAUGGGAGAUUUGGUGUUUUCUUCAAACAUCCAAGAGAGAUGAUUCGGUUUGGAAGGCAGGGUCUUCGGUUUCAUAAAGACUGGAUAAAUGGGAACUGGCUUUUGCCACCCAAAGGAGGAGAGAAAAAGAAGGCAGAGAAAGUUUCACGUAAUGGAAAAGUGAGUGCUGGAAAAGCAACCGGACUGCAAGAGUUCAGGGUUCGAUCUGUAAUUGAGGUAAGCAUCGAGGAAGAAGGGUUUGAAGAUUCUUGGUUUCUUGCAAAGAUUAUUGAAGCCCGAGGGAAGGGCAAAUACCUCGUAGAGUAUGAGAAAAUAAAAGCCGAAGAUUGCAAAGAGCCUUUGAGAGAGGAGGUAGAUGUUCUGCACAUGAGGCAUCAACCACCGGAGACACUCAUGGUCGAGGGCUUCAAGAAAUUUGAGAAAGUGGAAGCUUUUUAUAAUGAUGGAUGGUGGGUCGGGGAGAUCUCGAAGGUUCUAACGGAAUCAAAAUAUUUGGUUCACUUUAAGAAUACUCAAGCGUCACUAAAGUUCGAUCAUUCUCAACUUAGACUGCAUCAGGAAUGGGUUAAUGGCAGGUGGAUAAGACCUUCUAGGUAGCAGAAGCUGUGAUUCACUGGAGAGCAAGUGAAUAUUUGGAUCUCAGCCUUGCAGUUUUGGUUCGUGUUUGCUAUUGUGGGGAAAUUGAGGAUACGACGGUUUUCCUUGGCCGAGAACAUUUUGCGCUCAGAUUUCAUCACUUCUGGCAGCGAAAGCCAUUUCCAACUGAGAUACUACUACCAAUUUUUCUCACGUCUUACCUCCAGCAAUACACUAAAGGCGUAUGUUUCGGUAAAUAGCCUCUUAACAAUGCAGCUGCUCCUCUUUGUUUUGUCAGCUCUGUGUAGUCGUACUUACUGCAUCACACUGCAACUAGCAAAUAGGUUUGUGGAAAUAUUCAAUCAGCUCACUAUUGCAAUCUGCAUAUAACCUUUUGUAUGUUUUCUUACACCCAUAUAUCCAUCCUCAGCAUUGCUUUUGGUCG